AUGCUGCGUUUCCUGCAUCGAGUAUUGAGGGCGGUAUUACGGUCGAUCUGGUGGAAAAAAAACAAGCUCGUGCUAUCUGCUGACAAUAAAACUCUUGCUGUCGGUUCCGGUAACCACUGGAAAAGCAUCUACGACUACCUCGCUCUCAGCAAUCUUGCAGUGGUCGGUGGACGCGCUUCGACAAUCGGAGUAGGUGGUCUCACGCUCGGCGGUGCCAUCACUCACCACACUAACAAGUAUGGUCUAGCAUGCUACAGCGUCGCAUCGUACGAGAUAAUUUCUGCAUCUGGAGCCAUUGUUACCGUCAGCGAACAAACGUACCCUGACCUAUACUUGGCUCUCUGCAGCGGCGGUAAUAACUUUGGUAUCAUUACGACCUUCAAUUACGAAAUCUUUCCCCAAUGUCUCAUGUUUCCUAGCAAACGCCAAUAUAGCGCCACCCACAUCCCCGCACUAUUCGACGCUUUUGGAAACACGGUUCAGGACGCCGAGGAAUACUUUGAUCCGGUUGACGUGUCGAAUCCACCGGACAUUCUCAACGACUAUGUUUCGAUCCCUGCUCUUAAUGAAGCCACCAAGAAUACCACAUUGGCCGAGAUUACGUUGGGGCUGACUGAGAGCAUGCCGGCCGGCUUACGCAAAACGAUGUGGUCGCAAUUGUUCAAAGUCAAUACGGAGCUAUUUUCCGGUGGCGGCGCCUCUUCGAUCGCCUUCCAAGCUUUUACCAAGCCCGCACUGAGGGCCAUGCAGAGGAAGGGCGGCAAUGCGCUGGGUCUGCGCCCGGACGAUGGGCCCUUCUUCCGUGUCGUGCUCUACCUGGCCUGGACGGACGAGAAGGACGACAAGACCAUAUACAAGGCGGCACAGGACUUUCUGGCCGCGUCGACAGCAGAAAGCCAAGCAGCUGACCCGUACCAGCCCGUUAUAUCCGGCUACGGAGCUGACAGCGUGGCAAGACUAAACAAGGUCUCGAGCAAGUACGAUCCCAAGGGUGUGUUCCAGACGUUGCAACCGACAUCGUUCAAACUCAAUGGGGAAGCCCCAUUUGGCGCCGUCGUCGCCAUAUAA